CUUAGAUCUAGUAUUUCUAAAGUAUUAGAGUCUACUAGUCUAGCUCUUGGUCUAUUUAGAAUUUAGAUCUAGAUCUCUAGUAUCUACUCAGCCUAGCUAGCGUAUUAACUCAUUUUGUGCUUUGUUUUUCUUUGAUCUCAAUACAUUUUCGAGAUGGGACGAUAUAGAUCUGAUGACAGUGAUGGAGAUUAUUCGAAAAAAAUGAAGAAAAAGAAAAAAAGACGUGGAAGAUCACGAUCAAGUUCUGGCAGUGAGGCAAGCUAUGUUUCCAGCAGUAAGAGUAAAAAGAUGAAAAAGAAACAGCGAAGAUCUCGGAGUAGAAGCCGCACACCUGAAAAAAGGAGGGGAGGGGAGUCUAGAGGCUCUCGCAGGUCAAGGUCUAACAGCUUGGACAAAUAUAUUAGCAAGAGAGGUCGCUCAAGAUCAACAAGUUUAGAUAAAUAUGUCACAAGGAAAAAUCGCUCCCCUGACAGAAGGGGCACAAGAAAGUCUUGGUCAAGAUCUCCAUCGCCACGACGUAGCAGGAGAUCCAGGACAAGAUCUCCUGUGCCUGCGAGGAGAAGGUCAAGGUCCUAUGAUAGAAAUCGUAGAUCAAAAUCACCAGCAAGGCGCAGGUCAUAUUCCAGGGAGAGGUCAUCUUCUCGAAGAUCUUCUGUGGAGUCCAAAAGAACAAGAAGUAGCCCAAGUAAAAGUGUUAGUUCCAGUAUGAAUAAUCUGUCACUAUUCCAGCCUUCAAGUGUCCAAGCAGAAAAAAGGAUGAGGCAAGCUUUAAUGGCUGCAGCUGCUGCAGAUGAGAAACUGCGUGAAACUUCCUCCGGGCUUUCUGGAGGAAACAGUUUUGCAGAGUCCCAGGCUUUUGCUAACUCUGUGGCUGCCAUUGAAUCCAACAGUUUUGUUCCGUCAAGUUUUAAAUCCUCCAGGACCUACAAAGUCAAGGAAGAGUCAACAGACUUGACAUCUUCUUCUCAUGAUGAUGCCAUCUUUGGGUCUCUCACUGUCACUGGGUUUACUAUCAAGCCAGACCCAGACACGAAACCUAUCCAACUAGAUCCUGACUCCAUUAUCCAUCCCAGUCUUUAUUGUGACCCUGAAGAAAAGAUGGAGAGAUGGAUCCAGAGACUGACACAGCUGAGGAGGAGAAAGCUAGAAGGGGAAGCUAUUUCUUAAUGAACUGCCUUUCUUGUAUAUAAAACUUGUGUAUCAUGCCCAUUACAUCCUCUAUGUAGAAAGUUUUCUUUUGUGCCCAGAGGCCACCUCUUUGAGUUUCUUUUAUGUACAGUACUGCUUUUAGUUGUCUAAAAUUCAUUGUAACAAAAUGUCCUUUAGAUACCGGCAUUUAAAAAAAAAAAGUAGUUCAGAGAUCUCUUGCCAAAUCACACUUCAACUUUCACUGCUGCUCUAUUUCACAGAUUUUGUGAUGGAAUCAAUGGAAAAAAAUUAUUUGAGAAUUUUCUGUGAAAUUUGAUUGCUGGAAAAUGUUUUUUACAUGAAAAAAACACCAAAAUGUAUAAAAGUAUUUUGCUAAUAUUAAUUUUAGCCUGCGCCUAUUCACAAUUUUAUACAACAAACGAUUGGAUUCUUGGAUUCUUGUUUGCGUUGUAUCCCUGCCUCCUGAUUUGUUUAGUACUUGUGUGUGAGAGAUUUGUUCCUUUAUUCUAUUAUUAUUGUAUUUUGUCUACAGUACGUAUGUAGAGAUCAGUAGCUAGUUUCAUGAAGCCUACACUCAAGAGGUCUUAGCUCAGUGUAUAAAUACUUAACUAUAUAUAUUUUCUACCCCAUGGAUUUGAGAUAAUCAGAUGUUACUUAAGCAUAUUUGCCGAGAUAAAAUGAAGGAUCUCUGUACAGC